AUGCCUCAGAACGAUUACAUUGAAGAGCACAUCCGUCGACAUGGCCGUAGACUCGAUCAUGAGGAGCGUCAGAGGAAGCGCGCUGCCCGAGAGGUGCACAAGGCUUCGGCCGUGGCUCAGAAGGUGACCGGUCUCAAGGCCAAGAUGCUCAACAAGAAGCGUCGAAACGAAAAGAUUCAGAUGAAAAAGACGCUCAAGGCGCACGAGGAACGAGAUGUAAAGCAAGCUUCCGCCUCUUCCGACCCCAACCAGGCGCUGCCCACAUAUCUGCUUGACCGUGAAGGUCAGAAGGACGCCAAGGCAUUAUCGUCCGCCGUCAAGGAGAGGAGGAAGGACAAGGCAGCAAGAUACUCUGUUCCACUGCCUCAGGUGCGUGGUAUCGCAGAAGAUGAGGCGUUCAAAGUUAUCAAGACAGGUAAGCGAAAACAGAAGGGAUGGAAGAGAAUGGUCACCAAGCCCACAUUUGUUGGAGAGAGCUUUACACGAAAGCCGCCUAAGCUCGAGCGUUUCAUUCGUCCAAUGGGUCUGCGAUACAACAAGGUACACGUCACUCAUCCCGAGCUCAAGGCUUCUUUCAACUUGCCGAUCGUCGGCGUCAAGAAGAACCCACAGAGUCCUCUCUACACACAACUCGGCGUUCUGACCAAGGGUACCAUUAUCGAAGUCAACGUUUCCGAGCUUGGUAUGACCACCACCACAGGCAAAGUCGUUUGGGGCAAGUACGCUCAGGUCACCAACAACCCCGAGAACGACGGCUGUGUCAAUGCUGUCCUUCUGUUGUCGUCCUAA